AUGGGAGCCAAGGAUCUGAAAACCCGCUUAGGGAUCCUGCUUCAUAAACCCGAGCUGGGGCACAGGAUUGGGACCUCCAGCAAGCUGCAGCUGGGCUCCAGGCGGAGAGACUCCUCACAAGAGGUACUUGAAUGGCGAGAGUCCUUCGACCAGCUCCUGAAGAGCAAAAGUGGGGUGACGGCCUUCCACACCUUCCUGAAGACAGAAUUUAGCGAGGAGAACCUUGACUUCUGGCUGGCAUGCGAGGACUUCAAGAAGACGCGCUCGAAAACCAAGCUGGCGUCCAAGGCCAACCGCAUCUUUGAGGAGUUUGUCCAAAGCGAGGCGCCCAGGGAGGUGAAUAUUGACCAUGAAACCAGGGAGAUCACCCGCAAGAACCUCUCGGGUGCCACCUCCGCUUGCUUCAACGAAGCCCAAGCCAAGACCCGUACCUUGAUGGAGAAGGACUCCUACCCCCGGUUCCUGAAGUCAGCUUCCUACCAGGACAUGACCAAGCAGGCCACCAGCCGCGGCAUCAGCAAGCGGCCACAUACCUGACCCCAGCCCCAAACCGAAGUUUCCCAGGACGGAGAGUGCGAAUUUGGAAGCAGCAGAGA